AUGUCACAUAUUAAACAUUUUUUGAUUUUCCUAUGUGCGCUACUGAUAACUACCUGUGCUGCUGCAACUGAAUUUAAGACAUUCACUAAAAAACUAAACGAUUCAUUAUUAUGGAGUACAUACAGAUCCAAUUGUUACUUUGGUAUGAGACCAAGAAAUGUUGAUAAAGCACCAUUAAUUACUGGUUUGAUGUGGUAUACAAGUUCUUUUCCAAAAAAGGAGAUAGAUACUGUAAAUAUAGAACCUUAUAUACUUCAACACAUGAGACAUUUUGUAGAUCAACAUGAAAACUUGGACAAGUUUAGUUGGGAGCUUUAUGAUCCAAGGUUAGGUGGGAAAGAAGUUAUCAUUGAUUCCGAAAACAAUGUCAACUUGACACUUUCUUUUGCUAAAACUGACGAUGGUGCUAAUUGGGGUGUGCAUGUUCAUGGCGAACCAUUAGAUCCCACCAAAUCACAAACAUUGUCAUUAGUUUUUUAUGCUGAUCAAGGUGGGGAUAACUCUGCUUUAAUAAGAAACCCAUACUUUCAAGACUCCAUCGUUUUAGAAGGUGAAUCUGAAGAGUUGGGUCCUUACCAAAUGAAAAUAGAAAGCAUAACUGGUAAUUUCCAUAAAGUAGGCUCUAGAUAUCCGUCCGUGGACAUGUCGCGUCCUUUGCAUGAGUCGAUUACUGUUCCUCUCGAUCACGCUUGGCAGGCAAAAAACAUUUACCAAACUCUAUUGAUGGACAGUAUAAAAGAAAGAUUGAUCAAAAUGGAAACAGAAAUUUCUGAUUUGGACUUACCAGCUUUACAAACAAUUUUAAAUGUGCAUAAUUUCCAACCUGGCAAUUAUCACUUAGUUCAACUUGUUUAUGAUAUGGACACGUCAUUUGACUUCUAUAUCACCUAUAACGCCGGGGGUUCAUCUCAAAAAAUUGACAAUGGUUUCCAAUUAAAAAGUUUGAUUAAGAGAAAGUUGGAUAUUAUUGAAAAUAAAUUCAAAAGCAAGGUUCCAAUGCUUUCAACUAUUGAUGAACAAAAAAAAACGUUUGCCAGAGAAACGUUUUUCAAUCUUUUGGGUGGUUUAAGUUAUUUUCAUGGUAAACAACUGGUUGAUAGGAAGACAGACUUGGAUGAGGGAACUUUGGAAAAUAGUGUUAACCUCCAGCAGGCAGAAGAAGAGGGUCCAUUUUCCUUAUUUACACUAGUUCCAAGCCGUGCAUUUUUUCCAAGGGGCUUUUACUGGGACGAAGGUUUCCAUAUUUUACAAUUAAUUGAUUACGAUUUUGAUUUAAGUUUGGAAAUCCUAAAAAGUUGGUUUUCUUUGAUUGAUAAUGACGGUUGGAUUGCCAGAGAACAAAUUUUAGGUCCAGAAUCUAGAUUUAAGGUCCCCGAAGAGUUUAGAGUUCAAAGUCCUCAAAUUGCCAAUCCACCCACUUUACUACUAGCCUUUAGUGAAAUUUUGCAGAAGGCCAUGGAAUAUACCUCUGAUGGUGAUUUCGAAGCUGUGAGUGAUUUGUUGGAUGCGGAGGAGACCGAAUUUUUGAAAAAAAACAAGGGCUUACUAAUUCAAUAUGCUCAUGAUAUUUAUCCCAAGUUAUUGAAACAUUAUGAAUGGUUCAGAACAACACAGAGAGGGCUAUAUGAAGAAUAUGAGGACACAUUUGAAGAAGCCCAUGAGGACGAGGUUUAUAGGUGGUUGGGAAGAACCAAGGAUCUAUGUUUGCCAAGUGGCUUUGACGAUUAUCCAAGAGCCCAGCCACCAGACAUUGCUGAAUUAAAUCUAGAUGCAUUGUGUUGGGUUGGCGUUAUGAAUAGGGUCAUGAAACAAAUAUCUAGCAUUUUAAACUACGAGGAGGAUGUGGCUAAGUUUUCUGAAAUAGAAAAAAACAUCAGAGAAAACCUAAAUAUUGUCCACUGGUCUGAAAAGUACAAAUCCUUUUGUGAUGUUACCAUUGAUAAUGAUUCCUAUGAACCUAUUUAUGUCUGUCAUGAUGGUUAUGUUACGUUGUUGCCAUUUGCAUUGAAAUUGUUAUCCCCGGAUUCUGCUGCAUUGAGGUAUAUUGUAGAUGUGAUGUCAGACCCGGAAAAACUUUUUGGUGAAUAUGGGCUUCGUUCCUUAUCCAAAGAAGAUGAAUAUUUUAGUAAAGGAGAGGAUUAUUGGAGAGGUAAAAUUUGGCUUAACAUUAAUUACUUGUGUUUGGACGCUUUACAAUAUUAUUUCUCGGGUCAAACAACACAGAUAACAGAUCAAGAUUUAAUGAAUGAUGCACAUCAGUUGUACUCCAAAUUGAGAAAGAAUUUGAUUGACAAUACUUUUGAAAACUGGAAGAUUAGUGGUUAUGUUUAUGAAAAUUAUGAUGAAUUUAGUGGUAAAGGUGGCGGUGCAAAACAAUUCACAGGUUGGACUUCCUUAGUUGUCAAUAUGAUUUCCAAACUACCCGAAAGUUUAUAA